AUGCCAACCGCAAAAAGAGUCUCGUACGUGCUGCCCAACCAGCAGCCCCCGCGCUACUUUGGCCUGCCGCCCCUCGGCGCAGAUAGAGGCUUCUCCACCGGCCCACUCCUCGUCCCAUCCCAGAGAUCGUCCCAUCCGCCCCCGCCCACAUCGCACCCGGCCGCCCUCCAUCCCCAGCACACCCUCGCCGUAUCCUCGCUCGCCAUCGACACCACCACGUGCAUCCAUUCAUCCGGCUCGGAAGACGAUGAGCUCGCACCCGAAGGCAUCCUCUACACCGGCGGCAGGGACGGCCUCGUGGGCUCAUGGGAGCUCGGCCUGCCAAUGCGAAAGGCCUCCACACACGGGUUUGCGCACGACACCCCACGCAACUCCAGCAGCGACGACCACGGCGACGACUCCGACGUCCAGGCGACAGAGGCGCUGCUCGCCAGCAGCCGCACCGACACCGACGCCGCCGCCCAGUGGCACGUAGACCCGCUGCGGGCCAACGAGGCGUGCCCCACCCAGUUCCGCCAGUGCGUCCAGUCGCACACCGACUGGAUCAACGACGUCCUCCUCUGCAACCGCAACCAGACCCUCGUCUCGGCCUCGUCGGACCGCACCGUCAAGAUCUGGAACCCGCACGACCCGCACACGAGCCUCAGCCCGCACGUCCUCGGCACCCACAAGGACUACGUCAAGGCCCUCGCCCACGCCAGCGAGUCCGACUACGUCGUCAGCGGCGGCUUCGACCGCGCCAUCAGGCUGUGGGACAUUCGCGAGACCAGGACCGCCCCCAUCUUUGAGUUCGCCGACAGGACGUCGAUCUACGCACUCGGCGUAAACCCCAACGGCAGCGUCAUUGCCAGUGGGUCGCCCGAGCAGCACGUCAAGGUGUGGGACCCUCGCAGCGGGCAGAAGUGUGCCGAGCUCGUCGGCCACACCGACAGCAUCCGCAGCGUCCUCGUGAGCCAGGACGGCCGCCACCUCCUCUCGGGCUCGUCGGACAGCACCGUCAGGCUCUGGUCCCUUGGCGAGCAGCGCUGCCUGCACACCUUCACCCACCACUCGGACAGCGUCUGGUCGCUCUUCUCCGCCCACCCGGACCUCGACGUCUUCUACUCGGGCGAUCGCCAGGGCUACGUGUGCAAGGUCGACUGGGAGCGCUGCGCAGAGGUCUCCGAGGGCGAGUGUGUCGUCCUCUGUCGCGAGCGCGAUUCGGACCUCUCGGCUUCGACCUCUUCCCUCGACGGCGACGGCGACGGCGACGACAGCGGCGGCGAGGCGGCCUACGCCUACCACCGCAGGGACGCCAAGGUCGGCAUCCAGAAGAUUGUGGCGCUCGACGACACCUACUUUUGGACGGCUACUGGCAGCUCCGACGUCCACCGGUGGCGCGACGUGCCGCGCCGCACAGAGCGCGAGGCGCUCUACCCAAUCGGCGGGCUCCGCUCCUCGCGCUCCUUUGAGCACUUUGGCCGACGAUCGACCAGCAGCUUCCACCCCUUUCGCAGCUCGUUGGCCGGCGGCCAGGAGCUGGCCCACGCCGAGCUCGUGGCGCCCGACCUCUCUCGGCAGACGUCGGUCAGCUUCAUGGAGCCCCACACGCCUCCGCCUGGUCAGCCGAGGGCUGGGCGUUUUGCGGCCAGGAACGACUCGGUAGCCUCGCUCAACGGGCCCGCCAUCGCCCUGUCGGCCGCCAUGGACCUGCCUCCCGGCGGCGGCUCGGAUCUGGCGGCCACAAUGCAUGGAAUCCCCUUCGACAGCCUCGUCAGCCUGGCUCCCAUCAGCGACCCGUACGGUGAUCAGAUUGGGCUGGGCAGCAUCAGCAUGCGCGACCCGCGCAGCUACGACGACGACCGCGCCAGCUCCGUGAUCGGCCUCCGUUCGGCAAUGAGCCACCUCUCCAUCGACCAGGCCCGUCCCGGUCUCUCUCCGCCCACGACACCUUCGGCGGCCGCAAUGGCAACGGCGGCCCACGCCCAGAUUGCCAACGUCCAGGCCAUGGACGGGCGGCAGCGGCCCGCAAGCACGCGUUCCGCCAGCCUGCGAUUUGCGCCGAUGCAGCAGACCAUCAACGGUGCUGCGCACUCGUACCGGACGGGGUCCGACGCCGGCAGCGAUGGCCUUGCGGGCGACGACGACGAAGGAGAAGCCGAUGUCGACGGCGACGACGACGACGACGACGACGAGCCGGCCUAUCAGGCGCGCCUAUCGUUCGAGGACCGCGAGCUGGCCGAGGAGGCGCAGCCGCUGCGGACCAAGGCGGACGACAUCAUCCGAGGCUCCCACGGUCUGAUCCGCUCGUCGAUGCUCAACGACCGGCGCCACGUGCUGGCCAUCAGCAGCACGGGCGCCGUCACUCUGUGGGACGUGGUCAAGGGCGUCUGCCUCGGCGAAUUCGACCCGUCCGACGUGCGCGAGGCCGCCAUGCAGUCGUCGCAGAUCCCAGCGUCGCUGCUGCGGCGGUGGAGGCCGCAGCUGACGCCCGGCGACACGCUCGAGGCUGUCAAGGAGCGCAUCGAGGGGCAAGGCGUGACGCCGCUGUGGUGCUCGGUCGACACCAAGAGCGGCGCGCUGACCGUCCACCUCGAGGAGCCGCGCUGCUUCGAGGCCGAGUUCUACAUCGACGAGUUCGCCGACUGCGUCGACCUCGACGAUUUCAAGGAAGACCAGCGCGGCCAGGUGGCCAAGUGGAUCCUGCGCAACCUCUUUGCCGGCUUCGUGUGGGCAGAGGAGCAGCGGCGCGGGCGGCAGCAGGUGCAUGGCGGCGGCGCGGUCUCGACUCCUGGGCUGGACCGGAUACUGCAGGCGAGCAGGCGCGGACCAGCGACGCCGGGCAUGACCAUUGCGCUAGCCACGCCCGCCAAAACGCCGGCGUUCACUCCGGGGGGCACAGGACCGCUAUCGUCGGCAGCCGCCCAGCGCACCCCACACGCCCUGCCGCCUUCGCACUCGGGCGGAGCGGCCAAGGCCGUCAAUGGGGUCAGCCCGGGCCCGGCUGGCGACUACUUUUCGAUCAAGAGCGCCGCGGCGAGGCAGCCCGACUCGAGCGCAAAGGCAGCGGCAACGGUGGCGACGCCGUCCGAAGGCGGUUCCUCGUUUGCCGACGCCGGGCCGCAGACGCCGGGCGGCAGCGGCCUGAUGAGCAAGCUGCGAUUUGGCAAGAACCGGGCCGAAAAGGUUGGCACGCCAACCGAGGCUACGAGCGACGCUGCGGCGACACCGGCUGCCAACGAGGAGCUGAGCGCCGAGAUGAAGGAGCAGCAGACGCACGCCGUCCUGCUGCAGCAGCUGCUGGCGAGGCCGAUUGCGCCGCUGUCGAUGCGCGAGGUGCCGGAGCUGCCGUUUUCGCCCGAGACGGCGCUGAUUAUCUCUGAGUCGUCGGCGGAUGCGGGGUCGUGGGAGGUCGUGUACCGCGGGCUGGUGAGCAGCGCGGCCGACGACGUUGAUGUGCUCGAGGAGCGGUCGCCGCUGUGGCUGCUGGAGCUGCUGCUGGGCAACCGGGUGCUGGCGCGGGAUCCGGUCAAGCUGAGCUUUACGCUGCAGCCGUGGAUCUCGUCUGGGGCCAAGCGGGAUGGGUUUGGCGGGUUUGGCGACGGGUCGCUGCCGAUGCCCGACAUGCCGAGCGGCAACGCGCGGCUGACGGCGACGCGGUGCCUGCGGAUCAAGAAGACGUGCGCCUACGUGUGCGAGAAGCUGGACCUGGCGUCGCCCCAGUCGCGCGCCAACAGCAUCGCCGCCAGCCGCCGGUCGUCUGCGGAUGCCGGGUUGAAAAAGGGCCCGGGCGGGGGGCUGGCGUCGCCCUCGAGCCACCUCAGCAUGACUUCGCUGGCUGCGCAACAGCAGGCGCAGCAGCAGCAGCAGCAGGCGGGGGAGGCAGCGCCGGCAGCGGCGGCGGGGAAGCAGCAGGGACGACGGCGGCGGCAGCGGACCCGGACAGCGACGUUGAAGACGUGGGAGCGCUGCCGCCGCACGAGGUCGUCGAGAUCGUGUGCAACGACUCGGUGCUGCCGGACGACAUGA